GCAGAAGAGGAGCAGGAGGAGGAAACUGAUCCUCCGCAGAAACAACACGACAACACUCGUUAUCUCUCUUUCCUCCGUUUUAUUUCCUCCUUCUUUCCUCGGAGGAAACUUCCGGUUCAAGCCGAGCGGAGCAGGAAACUGUCUCUGGAGCAGGAGGCGACUUCUCUUGGUUUAAUGGCCGAGGAGGAGCGACGUUUGUCCGCGGAGAGAAGUGGAAACAUGUCGCUGUGUGUGGAGGAUUAAACGAAGGAGGAAUAUUUUUUUAUUUUUAAAAAGAACUGAAGCUACACUGCUGCACGUGAGAGGAAGAGGAGGAAGAGGAGAGAAGUGUCCAGUCUGUUCUCCUGCUCGGAGUGAACCUGGCCCGCGGAGACGAAGGCUGUCUUCUGCUUGGACGUCUGUCCGUCUCUGUUUUUGUCUCUGAUAAGUUGUUUCUGUAGCCGCCAUCAUUCCGUGCUGUAAGGCCGACAUGUCUUCCAACGGAGACCUCAGCGACCUGGGGAGCUCUGACAGCUUCUGGGAGCCGGGGAACUACAAGAGGACGGUGAAGAGAAUCGACGACGGCCACCGGCUGUGUAACGAGCUGGUCAGCUGCUUCCAGGAGCGGGCGAAGAUCGAGAAGAGUUACGCUCUGCAGCUGAGCGACUGGGCCAAGAGGUGGAGGGGCGUCGUGGAGAAAGGGCCUCAGUAUGGCACCUUGGAGAAGGCGUGGCACGCCUUCAUGCAGGCGGCCGAUCGGCUCAGCGAGCUGCACCUGGACCUGCGGCAGCGGCUGGCGGGCGAGGACAGCGAGAAGGUGCGCGAGUGGCAGAAGGACGCCUUCCACAAGCAGAUGAUCGGAGGCUUCAGGGAAACGAAGGAGGCAGACGACGGCUUCCGCAAAGCCCAGAAGCCCUGGGUCCGCAAACUGAAAGAGGUGGAGUCCAGUAAGAAGAGCUACCAUCAGGCCAGGAAGGAGGAGUGGACGGCGUCGACCAGGGAAACGCACGCCAAGGCCGACCCGACCAAGUCUCAGGAGGAAGUCCGCAAAUACACAACCCGGGUGGAGCGCUGCAACCAGGAGGCCGAGAAAGUGAAGGAGCGCUACGAGAAGGCCCUGGAGGAGCUGAACCGCUGUAACCCUCGAUACAUGGAGGACAUGGAGCAGGUGUUCGACCUCACCCAGGAGGCCGAGCGCAGGAGGCUGUGUUUCUUUAAAGACGUCCUGCUGGACACACACACCCACCUGGACCUGUCCUCCAGAGAGGGGUUCAAAGCUCUGUACCAGGACCUGGGUCAAACCAUCCGAGGGGCCAACGACACCGAGGACCUCAGGUGGUGGAGGAACACACACGGGCCGGGCAUGAGCAUGAACUGGCCUCAGUUUGAGGAGUGGUCUCCGGAGGCGAGUCGCUCCAUCAGCAGGAAGGAGCGAGGAGGACACUCCGAGGAGAACGUGGUCACUCUCACCAACAUCGUCUCUUCAGGCCGAGACGACGUCCCACCGAGUCCCAUCACUACGGACACCAGCAGGACGAAAGAGUAUUCAUCUGACUGGUCGGACGAGGAGAUUCCCAAGAAGGCGCUGGCAGUGAACGGCGUGGGGGGGGAGGAGGAGGAGGAGGAGCAGCAGGUAGAGGGGGUGCGAGUCCGAGCGCUCUAUGAUUACAUUGGCCAGGAGGCCGAUGAGCUCAGCUUUAAAGCAGGCGAGGAGCUGCUGAAGCUGAGUGAGGAGGACGAGCAGGGCUGGUGUAGAGGACAGCUGAGCGGCGGCCGGGUCGGCCUCUACCCCGCCAACUACGUCCAGGCCGCCGCAUCCUGAUGGCCCGCCCCCUCCCGCCGAUCAGCCAAUGGUACAACUACAAUCAAGAUGCCAGGACCAAUGGGAAGCUGUUAGUGCUGACACGUAGACACGCCCCCUCUGCGGUUACUGACUGUAAAACACUAACUUUCUGUUAUUUGAGCUUUUGAAGAUCCGACGACAUCGUUUGAAAGAAGUUUUUUGAUCAAAGAGAAAUUUCUGGAAACAACGAACCGGACGACGACUUGAGAGAAACGUGGAUUUCAUCGUAGCUGACGGGUUCUGGGUUCUCGCUGCCAUCGCUUAUUAAUCAGUCAGAAAAAACAUAUUUAACAACGUCAAAAGAAACGGCUUCAGGAAAUCAACUUCUUCACUUUCUUCUUGAAUCACAACUCGUUUUAGUCUAAAGACUUUGAGCCUCAUUCUUUCCAAAGGGAUUCGAACCUGACACCAGCUUCUCAAAAGCUUAGAAUAAGUUCCACAUUAAUUUGGAAUUUAAUGAUUUAUUUUUUGUUACCUCCCAAUAGUUUCCAGUUCCCAUCAUGCAACACUGUCACUUCCUUAGAGGUGCAAGUGUUUGUGUCCCGGCUGUCGUCCUGACAUCAGACUCUCAAUGAUCACUGUACUUCACGCUAUAUAUUUCAGUAUAUAACCACGUCUACUGAGCAGUAGUACUUUUCAAUACUCUGAUCUGUACUGCAGGUUGGAACUGAGGGUGUCCACACCUCAUCCAGUAAGUAAGACAAAAGUUCGGAAGUAUGAUUCAGGUUUGGGUCGUGUCACAUUGUCUGAACUGACGCAAAAGAGAGGUCCUCAGAAUAACUCAGAAACAUCUCUGAGAAAAAUGUAUUUGUCCACUUUUUUUUUUUGUUUGUUUGACCCAUCUGCUAACGUGGAGGAGGUGUGGUUUACGACCAGCCACCAGGGGGCGAUCGAGACAUUCUGGCUUUACCUUUGGGGCGCCGCCAUGUCGUCCAUCUUUAUUUACAGCCAAUGGUUCAAUGCUAACUUUGGUAUUUUCCACGUUAAGCGACUCGUCAAGAAAAAGUUAAAUAAACUUUUUGCGAAGUUAAAAUCAGACAAACAUUUUCCGUAGAUUUUCAAAUCUGUCUUAAAAGUUUCUUGGAUCCAGGAUCUAUACAGAUGAACUUUCAUCGUCUCCUCUUCAUCGUCUCCUCUUCCUCGUCUCCUCCGUGAUGUGGCGGCUGCCACUCAAACCGACAAAGAAAAGACUCAGUGCCUCAGUCGACGAGACUAAGAAAUGUGCGGCGCCACCUGCUGUCCGACCGAGGAAUUACAGCUGUCUGCUGGUCACUUCCGGUCUGAUCCCAGUAGAAACCAGUUGAUCUCCUGUUUCCUGGUCGUUGUGCUGGCAGCACCUGAUCCUUUCUCGGUUAUAACGGUUUGCUUUGGUUAUUUUAUAGAUUUAUUAUUCUGGUGUUACACUGAAUUCACUUUCUUUCCUCUCUUUUGAUCACUUCUUAUCGUCGUAGCUGUUAAAUCUCAAAUCAAAGGAUUUCUGCUCUGAUGGUGAUUUUUACAGUCGACUUAAUGACUUUCUAAUUUCUUCUUCCUUUUUAAUUUAGCCUCCGGUGGGUGGGGGGGGCUGGGGUCGGUGGUUGUUGUAUUUUCCGUGCUGGGAUCGUGAAGCACAAACUCGGACGUCUGAAACAAGUGAAAAUGUUGUCUGUUUUUGCCUGUUCCUGUUUGUGGGUUUGUUUGUGUGUCUUUGUGGUUGUGUGUGGGAGCGCCCCCUGUCCGCUGAUCUGAGUACUGCUAAGUUAACCCGUGUAUACGUCUGAAUAACAAGAGAUAUAAUAGAGAAUUUAAUGCUGCUGCUUCUUUUUCUUUCCAGAAUCUUGUACAGUUUAUAAAGUGGGAAGCAACAAUAAAGAGUUUUCUGCACCUGG